CCAUCCAGCCGAGUGUCCCUGCCUCCUAUUUGUUUUAACUUAUGCUUAUUUUAGCAUUUUGAUUAAAAACGGACCGACAGACUCUCGUUCGGACACACUCUGUCUUCAGCAGCUUCGACAACCGCAAUCACACUCGGCUGGAAGUCACCUGUUAGCACAGUCGCUGUUCAAAUCACAACACCGGAAGUUCCCUUACUUUUUGUGGCUAACAUGCUAAUUCUUUCGGUUGUCACGUACGUCGCCGGUGGACACAUCUGGAUAAUAAUGGAAUUCGCGUUAAAAUAGAAGAGACUGUGUGGAAUUACAGCAGAGAGUUUUUCUGAUAUCGCGUUAGAAUUAUUCUGUGAAUUAGCGGAAUGUUAGCUUACUCGCAGGAAAUACACGGAGCCGGAACUCGGGCACAGCAUUGUCAGACGUGCAUCUACGGAGACCGAGGCUAAUACUUGCAGUUUACCUAAUCCAAAAAUGUCAACAAGAAGCAAUCUUAAAGGAUUACAUCAUUUUCUUAUUCGACAAUGUCAAACGCUGUCCCGCGCUGCUAGGGUGUUAGCUUGGCUGGUUUACUAGAAUUAGACGGAGGAGAGUAAACAUCAGCUCAUAUCAAGGUUUCUGGUCUGGCAUGACUGGGUGAAUGAUAUCUUGCAAACAUGUCUAAAGUGCAGUUGUUGAGAUCUUUAGUGAACCAGAGACUCACUGCAGCAGCUGAGGAGAUAUUCCAGCUGUUUGAGAAAACCAUAGCAGAGUAUGAAGAGGAAAUCUGUCGAUCAAAACAGAAACAUGGACAAGAGAAACCACAGGACGCUGUUUUCAACCUUGUAGUCGAGACUAGAGCAGAUGUUGAGCAGCUGACGGUGAGAAAAGAAGAGAUUUUCCCUGGGCAGCAGGAGUGGAGCUCCAGUCUGAACCAGGAGGACCCACCAGAGUCCCAAAUCAUUAAAAAAGAGGAGGACGAGCUCUGGAUCAAUGAGGAGGGGCAGCAGCUUAAUGAGCUGAUGAAGGCUGGUACCAACGAGUCCAUGUUCACUUCUGUUAUUGUGAAGAAUGAAGAUGAGGACGAGGAGAAACCGCAGUCCUCACAGCUGCAUGAAAACCAAACCAAAAAGAACAAAUACACGACUUUGCAGUGCUCUGAGUCUGAGACUGAUGACAGUAGCUGGGACUGGGAGGAGAUCAGGAGCUCUCAGUCUGGUCAGAAUGUCCUCCAAAGCAGUGAAGUACCUUCAAAUGAUACAGAGGGAAAUAACGGAGAAAUACAAAACAGCUCCUCUGAAUGUGCUGCAGCUUUAAGCCAGAAGACAAACCUGCUGAAAAACAACAGAAGCAAAACAGGAAUGAAACCUUUCAGCUGCUCAGUUUGUGGUAAACGAUACCUGCGGAAAAACUCCUUAUCUACUCACAUGCGACAUCAUUCAGAGGGAACACGCUUCAGCUGUUCGGUUUGUAAGAAGACUUUUCCAUGGAAAGGAGACGUGGAGAGGCACAUGAGAGUCCACACUGGAGAGAGACCGUUCAGGUGCGCCAUCUGUGGUGCAAGGUUUGCUCAGAGCUCGACUUUGACGUUACACUUAAGAACUCAUACAGGCGAGAAACCGUUUAGCUGCUCAGUUUGUCAAACGAGUUUCAGUCUGAGGAAUAACUUGAUUUUACACAUGAGAAGCCACACCGGAGAGAGGCCGUACAGCUGCUCAUUCUGUGGAAGGAAAUUUGCACUUCGAGGGAAUCUGAAACGACACCUGAUUGUUCACACAGGAGAGAAAGAGUUUAGUUGUUCGGUAUGUGGUCAAAGAUUUGCACAACGUGGAACUCUAAAGCGACACAUGACUGUUCACACCGGUGAGAGGCCCUUCAGUUGUUCUGUUUGUGGGAAGAAAUUUGCUCAGCAAGUUACUCUGACAAGACACAUGACAGUUCACACAGAGGAAACCCUGUAGCUGCAGCAAAAAAGUUGUUCCUCAGUAUCAUGAAGUACUAAAAAAAUCACAGUCUAUACCUGUUUCCUAAUUGCUGUUGGCAUUUCUAUGUUAAGUGUUCUGUUUUCUGUUUGCUGUCAGAGAUGUCCAAUCACUUAUCAACAGGCUUUGGUGUAAACAGAUAAAUUGUUGCAUGUUGACAACAAUAAACAGGCGUGACUUUGUCCGUG